AUGCCGACAUUUCUCGUCGUAGGCGCAACAGGCCAACAGGGCGGUGGCGUUGUGGAAGCCCUCCUCGCAUCAGACCGCCCCAACCUGACAAUCCGAGCCCUGACACGAAACCCAUCGUCAUCAUCCGCCCAGGCUUUGGCGCGUCGCGGCGUGCAGCCAGUCAAGGGUGAUCUGCUUGAUCGCCAAAGCAUCUCCAAGGCGCUUGAGGGAGUCGACGCUGCGUAUCUUGUGACUGACUUUCGGGGCCCGGAGGAUGUGGAGGGCGAGCUCAAGCAGGGGAAGCAAUUUGUGGACAUUGCUAAGGAGACUGGCGUCAAGCAUCUGGUCUUCUCGUCCGUGGCGGGAGCCGACAUCUCCCAGCCCGUGGAGCAUUUCUACAGCAAAUACAAGAUCGAAGAGUACAUCAGAGAAUCAGGCCUCAACUGGUCAGUUAUCCGACCCGUGGGCUUUAUGGAAGUAGUCCCUCCUCCAGGCGUCGGCCGGUUCUUCUUUCUCAGUGCCAUGGCCUCCCUCAUGGGCAACACCAAGCAGAAAUACGUAGCCUGCAAGGACAUUGGCAAGGCGAAUGCUCUCGCUCUCUUGAACCCUGAAAAGUUCAACGGAAAAGUUGUGACGAUUGCCGGCCAGGUCGCUGAUGUGGACGAGCUUCAGAGUGCCUUAGAGAAGGGAGAGGGCAAGAAGGGGUGGGGGAGAAUCUGGUUGCCUCGGUGGGUGAUUAUUCGGCUGACGCCGCAUCAUUACCGGCAAAUGUUUGAUUGGUUGUACCAUGACAACUGCCAACCGGGAAGCGUGCAGGAGACUAAGGAGUUGAUUCCUGACUUGUUGUCGAUCGAGGACUGGGCAAGGGAGCAGAAGAACCAGCGAACUAAGAGCGAAUAA